CAAAAUCAGCAAGUUUUCUGGAUCAAUUCUUGCAAAACGACGUCGCUGCGGCCAGGCAUGGCUUCACGGGAGUUAGAAUCUCGCCGGUAAAUUCUAUCUCUGGCGGCAAUCCUCCCUUCUGGUUCCAGUGCUAGUUCGGGCUCGCCCUCACCAGAGGACUCAUACAGAACUCCAAUAUGGACAUGUUUCUGCCCUGCUCACAAGCCGCCUUCCCUCGUCGACAAGCCACUGGUGUCCUCCGCCACCGCCAUCGAGGCGAUGCCUCCUGCGAGCUCCCAUACGUCGCUCGAUCAUUGCCCUCGUCCUCGCAUUCAGAGAAGAUCGUUGAGAACCAAGAGGAGGACGGAGAUGACAAUGGCUCCUCAUGUAGAGGCUGCAAAAUCGGUGGUGGUGGUAUAUGUAGGACCCACCUGAAGAGUGCUAUGGAAGCGGAGGAGGUGGUGGUGGGGCCAAGAGACAUCUCAACAUCCAUCUCAGCAAAAAAAAAAAGCCACAUCAAACCUGAAGGAGGGACAGAUGAACGGAUGAACGGACGGUUAAAAGUUAACGAAAUGAUUAUGUCAACCUUAACAGAGGGGUUGAUUUGCCACUGCAUGGGCGUGGGUGUACCGCAUAUAGGUCCGGUGUUUCUGUUCCGUGCUUCAUCCUUACUUGCAAAUGUGGUUCUAGCUAGACGUGGCAAAGGCUUCGUAAUAAAAGUUGCAGCAGGCACUUCAGCUGUUGGAAUUGGAGGAUUGAUCAUUCUAGCAUUCUACUUCAGAAAGACAUUCUCAACAGGGAACGGAAUAUUUUCUGGGUUAAUGAAGAAAGAUGAUUGUGAGAAUAUUGAAGCUUUCCUUAGAGACAAUAUGCAUUUGGCUCUGAAAAGGUAUAGUUUUAAAGAUGUUACUAAAAUGACAAACAACUUCAGAGAUAAAUUAGGUGAAGGAGGCUUUGGAUAUGUUUACAAAGGUAAGCUAUCAGAUGGUAGUCAGGUUGCAGUGAAGGUCCUGAAAAAAUCAAAGGACAAUGGGGAAGCAUUUACCAAUGAGGUAGCAAGCAUUAGCCGGACUUCCCAUGUUAACAUAGUGACCCUUUUGGGUUUCUGCUUCAAGGGUCAUAUACGAGUUCUGAUCUACGAGUUUGUGCCAAAUGGAUCAUUGGAGAAGUUGAUUCAUGAAGAAAGUGCUUUGAAUGGUGAUCAUCAUUUGAAGUGGGAAACGCUGCAUCAGAUUGCAAUUGGCAUAGCUAGAGGACUAGAGUACUUGCAUUGCAGAUGCAACACACGCAUUUUGCAUUUUGACAUUAAGCCUCAUAAUAUUCUUUUAGAUAAUGACUUUUGCCCCAAAAUAUCUGAUUUUGGCCUUGCCAAAUUGUGCCCCAAAAGAGAGAGUAUUGUUUCAAUGACAGGUGUACGGGGAACUAUUGGAUAUAUUGCUCCAGAAGUAUUUUGUAGAAAUAUAGGAAGGGUGUCCCAUAAGUCUGAUGUCUAUAGUUAUGGCAUGAUGAUACUAGAUAUGGUUGGUGCGCGAAAAAAUAUCAAUGCUGAAUCCGACCAUAGCAGUGAAUAUUUUCCACAGUGGAUAUACAGACGUCUUGAAUUGGAUGAAGAACUUGGAUUUUGGAGCAGCAUGAACGAGAAUGAUGAGGAGAGAGCAAGGAAGAUGAUAAUAGUAGGUUUGUGGUGCAUACAGACUCACCCCUCAAACAGGCCGCCAAUGUAUAGGGUGGUUGAGAUGUUGAAAGGGAACCUCAAUUCUUUAGAAAUUCCACCCGAGUCUUUCUUGUCAUCUCCUCCGAGACCACCUGCCGAUGCCAAUAUUGAUUUCGAUUCCUCAAGUUCACUGAUUUUGUAAGGAGUCAUCCUUUGUAAAACCGUACCAAAUGUAACCAAUUUUAUUUGGAACAUUAAAUGUUAAAUUAUAUA